CUGGGCCACCACUCGGCUGUAUUUUACAGUGACACACUUCCAAAAUGGCUUCCAAAGCGGACCCGGUCUAUCAAAUUUUCUCAUUUCAAGACAGUAAAUACUCUCCCGAUCCGAUUUUUGAGCUCCCCGCCCAGUGUCUGACCCCUUCACCGGCCCCGAUAGUGAUAGAUAACGGCUCCUUCCAGACCCGGGCCGGCUGGGCGGCUCCAGCGGCGGAGUUUGACUGCCCGCGCCUGCUCUUCAGGUCGGUGGCGGCGCGCAGUAGAGGGGCUGCCCGCAGCGAGACCCAGAUCGGCAACGAUAUCCCCAACCUGGAGCCUCUGCGGUGGCUUCUGAAGAGUCAGUUCGACCGGAACGUGGUGGUGAACUUUGAGAUCCAGGAGCUCAUCUUCGACUAUGUGUUCACACACCUGGGCAUCGGCUCAGAGGGCGGUGUUGCACACCCCAUUGUGCUAACAGAGGCGCCCUUCAACCCGCUGCACUGUCGGCAGAUGAUGUCAGAGUUACUGUUUGAGUGCUAUAGCGUCCCGUACGUCUCUUACGGCGUGGACAGCUUGUACAGUUUCUACCACAAUAACACUCAAAGGAACCUGCAGCCUCCACACACUGGCAUCGUUCUGUCCUCAGGAUAUCAUUGUUCACACAUCCUGCCAGUUAUCAACGGCAGGUUGGAUGCUGUGAACUGUAAACGUGUAAAUGUGGCUGGGAGUCAGGCAGCGUCCUAUCUGCAGCGCCUUCUCCAGCUGAAAUACCCAGGUCACCUCGCUGCCAUCACACUCAGCCGUGUGGAGGAACUGCUGCAUGAGCACAGUUACAUUGCUGGGGAUUAUCAAGAAGAGCUGGAAAAGUGGCGCAGCCCAGAGUUUUAUGAGCAGGAGGUUCACCGCAUGCAGCUUCCGUUCUCGGGUAAGGUGCCCGGCGGCUGUGUAAGUGUGGAGGAGAGGCAGGAGAGACGAGCUCAGCAGCUUCGGCGUCUUCAGGAGAUCAAUGCUCGACGCCGGGAAGAGAAGCUGUUGCAGGACCAGGAGAGGCUGGACAGGCUUAUGGCUGUACAGGAGCUGCUCGAAGAUGGCAUGUUGGACCAGUUUCACAAGAGGCUGGUGGAGCUCAACAUGGACUCAGCUGAGGAGCUUCAGUCAUACAUUAACAAACUGCAGAUAGCUGUGGAGCAGGGCAGGCAGAAACUGCUACACAGCGAUGGAGGAGAGGGAAAGACCGAGGUGUCUGAGCUGGAGCAGCCAGUGGACGAGGGAGAUGGAGUGGCGCUGAUGGAGCCUGACUUCCCUGAGGACACGCUGCCAGAAAAACCUGUUAAUGUGGUUCAGCCCAUGUUUAACAUGGCGGAGUACCACCAGCUGUUUGUGGGGACGGAGCGCCUGCGCUGUCCAGAGAUCCUGUUUCAGCCGUCAUCCACUGGAGAGGACCAGAUGGGACUGAUGGAAACUCUGCAGUAUGUCCUGGCUAGGUAUACUCCAGAACAACAGGAGGCGCUGGUGAGCAAUGUGUUUCUGACAGGAGGGAACAUGCAGUAUCCGAGGAUGAAGGAGCGAGUGGAGAGAGAACUGCUGGCCAUGAGGCCCUUCCAGUCACACUUCAAGGUAACAAUGGCAUCACGGCCAGCCCUCGAUGCCUGGUACGGAGCGCGAGACUGGGCCUUGGAGCACCUACCUCCAGCAGGAGGGCCAGCGGAAGCGGCAGAUGGAUGGAUCAGCAGACAGGACUAUGAGGAGAAAGGAGGCGAGUACCUGAGCGAGCACUGUGCCUCUAACAUCUUCAUUCCCAUGAAAAUCGCCAAGCCUGCUCCUGUUCGCCCCACUGAGUCCUCGGUUCCCACACUGACGUUAACCGGAGCUUCUGCUAGCAUCACCACAGUCACGUCUGCCCUGACUCCCUCCUGUUCGACUGUUGCUGCUGACGUGUCAACGGUUGCAUCCUAAACUGGGAUCUUGGAUACGACAAAUCUCUGAUGCUCUGCUUUGUGACUGUUGUAACUUCCUAACUGGAACUGUUAUAUUGAUUGUUAUGCUUGAAAGCUCAAGUGACCAUUCAUAUUGAAUGGUCAUCAAAUGAAUGAUCUUAAAAGGUCUACCAGGAAUAUUUCUUGUAUUACUGUGUAAAUAGAAUUUGUUGUUUCGAUGUUUUAUAAAAAUAUAAUGUUUUCACUGAUGAAAACGACUGUUUGCCUCUGAUUGAAUGCCUGUUGAAAAGAAAGUCUACCAUAGCUUUUUUUAUAGCUUUUAAUUGGUGAAAUGUAAUGUAUUUGACAAACAAGAAGAAAUUCUCUGAAUUAUUGAUGGAUGUUUAAUAAUGAUAAUGAUAGUAAUUAGACGAAUUAGAUGAAUUGCAGUGUUGCAGGUAGUCAUGGUGAUGUGGACUGAUUUUUUUAUAAAAGUGGAGGCCACAGUUCUAAUUCCAGUCUGCACCUGAACUAGGAGCUGAACUGUUGGCAACUGAAACUCUUGAACUAAAUUGUUUAAAAGUGAAUCUUUCAAUUCAGAAAUCAUCUCUUCAUAAAUAUCUGAAGAAAGCAGCUUUGCAGUCAGGGAGGAAAAUGGCCUCCUGUGUUUUGCACCGUGAGAAGUACCUGCUGUAUACUGACAUCGACCCUGUGAUGGAUCACUGCUAUGGUAAAACAUAGUAGACCAAUAUAGCUGAAGACAAUAUAAAGAACAUAAAUAUAUUAUUAAAUAUGUUAUAUCAUUUUGUUGAUUGAAGAUAUUUUCGCAGAUUAGCAUCAAAAUGUUAAAUAUUUAAUAUUUAAACUUAUUAUCUCAGUGUAAUAAUUAUACUAGAUGAUGGAUGUUACUGACUGUACAAGUGACAGGUAAAAAUAAAAAGUCAACAUUAAUGUAAUGAUAAAACUUGUUUUUUGAGGGGGCUUAACAUUGAAAUUGAGACUAACAAUGAUAGUAUAGAACAAAGAUGCCAACUGGAUCGUUUUUUAGAAACUGCUAAAGUUGUGCAUGUUGCCUGCGCCAUGAAAACCACGUCAGCUGUUAGAUACAGUCUGAUGUCAGUUUAAUCAACCUGUUGUUUGUAGAUGAAUGAGAUGAUUAAAGUCCUUCAAUUCCCUUAUUGCUACCAUAUGUUGGCCAUAUAUAAGAGCAAGGCAUGAAGUAAAUAUUAUGGUUUGUAUUCAUUCAUCACAGUUUGACAUGUGCCGCAGUUAUGACUUGCUGGAAACAUUUAGCUUCUGUGAAUGAAGUUUAUGCACAGUACAGCUGUUCUUUGCUUGAGGCUGCCUGUGUUUUUAAUUAUUACAUUAUCAAUCAUUAUAUAAUUCAGGAGCAUGGCUGUGUCUUCACAGUGAAAGAAUAAUUUUAAUCUUUUGAUGUUGUUUUAAAUUUGAUGUAAGAGAAGUAUAGAAAUGAAAUAUGCCAUCUUCUACGUGUUAGAGCGGCAGACAGGCUGAAGUUUAUUUAAAUAAUGUUUCAUUCA